GUCGGUUCGUCUGGGAAGUUGGAGCUCUUGUCAUGACCCGGUUGCCGCGCACGUUAGUCGAGUGUGUGGCACCGCGUGGCUGCCGCGGCUCGUUUGAUUGACAGCUGGCUCCUACUGCCCGUUCAAUCGUCAAGUUUCCACUGGUUUGAACGUCUCUUCACCUGCGGGUGCGUUUUCCCGGAGCUGUGUCCAAGUUAUUUCUGUUUUUUGCUGAAGGGUUUCCCAAACACACUGGCCUCCCUUUGUCUACGUGGACUCAAUAGGUGUUAGCGCCGUUAGCUUCCCGGCUAAAUUCCGUCACAUGUGAACGAUGCCGGCUGCCUGAGACAAAAGCAGGGGGCAAGUGUUUGUAAACAAAGUGGUCGGCGCUUUCCGGUUUAAGAGGAAAUCGUUGCCAUUAAACGAUGCCACGAAUCACUGCGUGUGCACUUUAAAGCCGACGUCAAGUCGCGGUUUUUCGGAACGUUGACCUGAGAUAACCGCAGGCAUUUGACGUUUUGACGCCAAAAAAAAAAAAAAACCCGCCAGCGGGAAAAUGCUCUGGAAAUUUAAAAACAUCAACAAUAAAAUGCAGUCGAGUCGAUCCAUUCUCUCACCGUCGAAACCCGAGUAUAUUGAAGCGCGUAAUAGAUUUUUUAAAAGGACGCUGUAUUUUAAACACCGUUUCCACUGCAUCAGACCAUACAAUGACUGAGAUAAAUAAAAUACAAUAGUUGUAAAUUAUCAAGCUAUUUGAGCGUCGUAUAACUGCUCUGCGUGCGCGUCAUUACCGCAAAUGCGCGUCAUAUCCAAUGGCGUCACCCUUGUAGUCGUCCACGGUUUCCGGUUAUAAUCAUAACAGCCCUUAUAAACAGUAUAUAUAUAUAUAUAUAUAUAUAAAUAAAACAUAGCAAUUAUUUGGAGUGAUACAAUGAUUUUAAUAGCUAAAAAUGAUUGGCUGAUGGAGCAUUGUAAAUGUAUUUAUUAACUUUAUUACCUGACCUUGUUGUAUAGAUUAAAUCGGUUGAGGUGUUGCAUUAUUAUUAAUGGCUUCUUUUAUCGCUUGAUAAAUGUUAUAUAUGCAUACAAUUGCUUGAUUUAUGGAUUGUUUUAAUAGCAGUGACAUGAAGGAGGCUGAGGAUGUUUACACAAGUUUGCUGCACAGCUUCAAAAAAAAAAAGUGUUCAAACAGGCUCUGCUUCUUUUGAACCUUCAUCAGUAGAAUGUUGGUGUACUAGUUAAUUUCCUUUGUCUAAAUCUGUUCAAGCAUUAAAUAACAAUGCUGAAGAAUUUUAUGAGCCGAUUUCAUGGAAAGCCUCAUGUCAGCAGCCAUUGAGAGAUUCAUUCAUCCAGCCAGUCAUCUGUGUGCGAGAAGAUCAUGGAGCUGCUCGGCCAGAACAAGAUUGACCAUCAUCAGAGGCAAGUGGCCAUCCUCAGCCAGGACAGCUUCUACAAGGUUCUCACCCCGGAGCAGAAAGCUAAAGCGUCUAAGGGCCAGUUCAACUUCGAUCACCCAGAUGCCUUCGACAAUGAGUUGAUAAUGAAGACUCUCCGACAGAUUCUUCAAGGGGAGACUGUACAGAUCCCGGUGUAUGAUUUUGUUACUCAUUCCAGGAAAGAUGAGGUUGUUACUGUGUAUCCGGCCGACGUGGUCCUGUUUGAGGGCAUCCUUAUGUUUUAUUCUCAAGACAUCAGAGACUUGUUCCAGAUGAAGCUGUUCGUAGACACGGACCCGGACACCAGGCUUUCACGUCGAGUUCUCAGAGACAUCAGUGAGCGCGGACGGGAACUAGAACAAGUCCUAACGCAGUACAUCACUUUUGUAAAGCCGGCCUUUGAAGAGUUUUGUUUACCGACGAAGAAAUAUGCGGACGUGAUUAUUCCAAGAGGAGCUGACAACCUUGUGGCCAUCAACUUGAUAGUGCAGCACAUUCAAGACAUUCUAAACGGGGGGCCAAACAAGCGACACAACGGCUGUAUGAACGGCCACAGUACUCCACGGCAGCGACACCCUUCAGAGUCCAGCAGCAGGCCUCAUUGAUAUUGAGGGGGGGGGAGCGCUGCAAAUAAUGCCAGUAGGCAUCACUGUAUUUAAGAAGGAACGAGACAAAAAUCCAAAUGCCUUUUAUGAAGACUACUUAUCAGUUACAUUUAUGGUAAUUAGGAAUUAGCAGUUUUUGGCAGGAGAGAACAGGCCCUGUGUCCUUUUCAGAAUAUUUUUUAUAUGUAUGGCUUUGCUACAUUUAAGGAAGUUCAUGCUGAAAAUAAAUGGAAGGGAGAAACGUUUAUUUUUAAAUGUCUGAUGAAACUUGACUCUUUAUAAAGGUGGUGAAGAAAUGAGCAGCAGACGUUUGUUUGCACCGACAAUCCUCCGAGUGUUUCCUGUGUUUUCGUUUUGGUUGUAGAGUGUUACGCAAGUCGUCUGUUUAGUUCAGUUGUUCCAAAAGAUGCUCACUGUUUCAACACACACACACGCACUCAUUGUUCCUCCGGAUUGCCAUGUGCAGGUAAUUGUGACAAACUGAACAAUAACACACAUACCUGCACACGUCUAUCUGAACUGCUGCAGUUUUUUUUGAGAGCUAUUUGCUCCAAUUCUCCUGAAGUAUGUUGUGACGAAACCUACCGCACAAGCUGGAGGAUGUGUGUCAAAAUUCUUUGGCAUAAAUAACUUAUUUUCUUUGAACCUGUGACGCUUUGAAACAUGGUGUGAGAUCAUGUGUUGAAUCUGAAUAAACGUGUCGCAGCAGGAUGAAGAUGAUCCCUUUUUUUUCCCCAUCUAGUAACAAUCACCACCUACUAGAUUGUCUCAGGUUAACGCGCUGUAUCCAUGCAAAAACACGUUUAUAUUUUGAAUAUAGCUCAAUAAAUUGCAGCUGAAUCAGAAAGGAAAUCCAUGUACUGUAUUUGUAAAGUGCGAUUGAAUGAUUUGUACAUAGGUAUUUGUAAUAAUUGAUUUGAAA